AUUCGUCGAUAAGUUUUGGCAUGAAUCAAGUGGUUGUAACUCAUACUCGUUGUUUCGUUAUAUGCAAUUUUGCCAUUGGGGGAGUCGCCAAUCAUGGCAGUUCACCAAAGGCACUCGAGUGUCGUCUCUCGAAAGAAGGUGCAAGUCUCUUUUGUGAUACGGGAAGAAGUGGAACGAUUUCAUCGGUCUGGUAUCAACUCACUGCAGUUUGACCAGUACAACAAUCGCCUGUACUCGGCCUGUCGGGACUCAAUAAUUCGCAUAUGGAACACAAAGAACAUGAAGGAUCCAUAUAUACAAUCGAUGGAGCACCACACCGAUUGGGUGAACGACAUCGUACUCUGUUGUGGUGGGAGGAAUCUGAUAUCUGCCUCCAGUGAUACGACUGUCAAGGUGUGGAAUGCCUACAAAGGCUUCUGCAUGUCAACUCUGAGAACGCACAAAGACUAUGUGAAGGCCCUUGCCUACGCAAAAGACAGGGAGCAGGUGGCGUCUGCCGGGCUAGACCGCUCGAUAUUUCUCUGGGAUGUGAACACGCUAACGGCUCUCACCGCCUCCAACAACACGGUGACAACGUCAAAUUUGAGUGGAAAUAAGGACUCCAUAUACAGUCUGGCAAUGAACACGUCCGGCACGGUGAUAGUGUCCGGCUCCACGGAGAAGGUUCUGCGGGUCUGGGAUCCACGCACUUGUCAGAAACUGAUGAAGCUAAAGGGUCACGCUGACAAUGUCAAGGCGUUGGUGCUAAGCAAGGAUGGAACGCAGUGCGUGUCAGGAAGCUCUGAUGGAACGAUUCGUUUCUGGUCACUCGGCCACCAGCGGUGCAUCGCCACGGUGAGGGCUCACGACGAGGGAGUCUGGGCGCUGCAGGCCAACGACAACUUUACGACGAUAUACUCCGGCGGCCGCGACCGAAAGCUCUACAUGAUUGACGUGCGUAACCCCGACAACCGGCAGCUGAUCUGCGAGGAGAGCGCGCCGAUCCUGAAGCUGACGCUCAACCAGGACCAGCAGACGAUGUGGGUCGCGACGACCAACUCGUGCGUGAACAGCUGGUCGAUCAAGCACGCCGAGAACGGCGGCGAGGAGAACGGCGAGGACACGAUGGUCUACUGCGAGGCGCCGCUGCACGCGCAGCCGAAGAUGACGAUCAAGGGUGGCACGAGCAUCCGGCAGUACCACGUGCUCAACGACAAGCGGCACAUCCUCACGAAGGACUCUGAGGGCAAUGUCGCGCUGUGGGACGUGCUCACCGCCUGCAAGGAGGAGGAGCUGGGCCGCGCGAGCCUCGACGACGAGGUGAAGAAGCGCUUCAAGAUGAUCUACGUGCCGCACUGGUUCACCGUCGACCUGCGCAUGGGCAUGCUGUCGAUACACCUCGACGAGUCGGACUGCUUCGCCGCGUGGGUGUCGGCGAAGAACGUCGGCAUGCGCUUCAGCGACGGCAGCGACCCGAAGCUGAACUUCGGCGGGCUUCUCCUGCAGGCGCUGCUCUCGCACUGGCCGCGCACGCAGCCGGACGAGGAGCCGGCGCAGGACGGAGCCGUCUACAACGUGAGCGGCUCCGGCGAGCGCCUGUCGACGAACUACUGCUUCAGCGUGCCGGGCCACACGCCGGUGAUCUUCAGCGAGGUGGGCGGCCGCACGCUGUUCCGGCUGCUCGCGAAGGACGCCGGCCGCGAGACGGACGCGAUGAUGCUCAACGAGACGCUGCCGAUGUGGGUCGUCGACAUCACCGUCGAGAAGAACAUGCCCAAGUUCAACAAGAUCGCGUUCUAUCUGUUCCCGUACCCAGCCGGCGGCGCCAAGUCGGUGAAGAAGGACCGGCUGUCGGCGAGCGACAUGCUGCAGGUGCGCAAGGUCAUCGAGCACGUCUACGAGAAGAUCAUCGGCGCCGGCUCGGACACGGCCUCGCAGGCCGGCAGCACGCACAACUCGACACCGAGCGGCAGCGCGCCCGAGCAGCGAUCGGAGAGCGAGAAGGAGACGGACGAGCCGUCGUCGUCGGCCGCCGAGGAGAAGGUGGAGCUGCUGUGCCUCGAGCAGACGCUCGACGCCAACAUGGACCUGCGCACCGUGAAGCACUUCAUCUGGAAGAGCGGCGGCGACCUCGUCCUGUACUACCGGCUCAUGAAAUGAGGCGGCGCGCCGACCUCCGACCUCCGACCCUGCCAGGUGGCGUCCGUGUGCUCGACGUGUGGCCGCCAGGUGGCGUCCG